GCUCUUCAACAUGUGGUGGAUCAUGUAACAGCCAACGAGCCCGACACUGUACAAUACCUAGUCACAGUGCCCGUCGAUAACGUCUCGGCAGUUGAGAUCCAUAUCAUUGGAGAGUACGUCAGCCUCCCUUCUGCAUAUGAUGCACAACAAGCCUUGCAGUCCGUGAGAGACCUCGAAAGUCUACUUCAAGAAAAUGGUAUCCUUCCACAUUGUCCAGAAAUCCACACCGGUCCAGUCGCUAUCAAGACGACAUCUGGGCCUCCGCUGCUCUUGAGCUCAAAUCCCGCCAUCAUACCGUGGGCAUAG